CGCGAGUGAACAGUAGUCAGUCAUCUUUCUUUAUAAGAGCAGUGGUGGGUCUACUGUCGUCGGAGCAACAAUAAUUCAUGUUAAAUUAAAAAAAAGAGAAAACAAAAUAAAAGAAAUAAAAAAGCAAAACAAAAAACUUUUAGUUGUUUUCAUCUUUCAGAUACUUUUGUACUUAAAGUUUAGAGUGACAUUGAAGAGAGUAGUCAGUCGUGUAGCCAGAUGUCGGUCGACGUGUUGAAGUUUUUAUUUGCAAUUGUACUUGCGUCAGCAGGUGUCUUAGUCAUUUCAGCUCAACCUUGCACCAUAACAUUACCGCAAGAUAUUAAAGGCUUUGCUCCCGUAAUUCUUACAAAACCUAACAGUCAGUCUAACUAUGGGAUAUUCAAGCCAACUGGUAAGGUAAACACCUUUGCCGAGGGGUCCUUGUUCCAGUUGACUUGCACUGGAAAAAAUAAUGUAUUAAAAUCGUUCGGUGUUGCCACUCUUCAUCUUCAAUGCAACAAAGAGGGAAAAUUUGUUGAUGCUAACAAUAAUGGUGUUGCUUUGAAUACGUUGGAGUGUAAUCUAAUUCCAGACUCAAUUUUGCAAAUAUCCACAACAAAAUGUUCCAAUGGCAAGGGUGUGAUAUAUAAGGCUGGCAUUGAGGUGGACAAAAACUUUUACCCAAUUUUUGAAAUAUGCUAUGAUAAAAAUACGGAGACAACUUUGUACACCCACAAUACACUACAUGGAGCCACCAUGAGAUAUAAUAUAGCAGAGAGUACCCGUCGCCCCUUCUUGGCUACAGGAAUGAAACAAAAUACCCGUAAGAUAAAUGAUAUCUACAAGAAGAAAAAUCAAUUCGAACGUUUUGAGAAAUAUUUUGGCAGUGGCCAAACCUUCAUCGACGAAAAUAAGAACUUUUUAUCACGCGGCCAUUUGACACCCGAUGCCGAUUUCAUGUUUGGCUACGAGCAACUCUCUACGUAUUACUAUGCAAAUGUUGCCCCACAAUUUCAAUCGAUCAACAGUGGUAAUUGGCUGAGAGUGGAAGAAAUGUCACGCAAUUUGGCCGCCGAUUAUGGUCAAGAUAUCGAAUCGUACAAUGGCUAUUUUGGCAUUGUACAAUUUCCCAAUGCUAAUGGAGCCAUGGUAAAGGUGUAUUUGGAUUCGAAAAAUGAAUUCUACAUACCCAAAUACUAUUUCAAAGUAUUAAUGCGUAAAUCUGCCGAUGAGUCCAUAGUCUUUGUCAAUGUCAAUAAUCCUCACAUCUCCAAUGGCAAAGCGGAGGAGGUGUGCCCCAAUGUGUGUCACAAUGCGAGAUUGGAUCACAAGGACUUUACCACUCUAUCGAAGGGAUAUACAUUCUGUUGUACCUUGAAUGAUUUUAAGAAAGUCUAUCCUAACUUGCCCAGCGAGGUGCAAGGCUCGAAACUGUUAAGUGCUUCCAAAUAAAUGACGAAGAUGAAAACUUAAUUUUUUUUAGUGCAGUUGGAAUUGUAAUUUAUUAGUUAGUUCAUUUAAGGUUAGAAUGUUAUUAAAAAGUGCAAUAAAAAAUCUUUAAAACAAA